AUGGGCAGUGGCGUAAUACCAUUGUCUAUAUCCGAGUGUAACUUAUGCCACUGUUUAUUCCUACGAGGAACAGAUGGUGAUAUUGCACAUGGUACAGCACCAUUUGUACAACUGUAUCGCUUCAAUAACAACGCCUUCCAAAGUAUCGGAACAAUUGUAACAUCAUCGGAGGUUCAAGUGCAAGUGCCGUGUUCCAGUUUGUUAUUCCGCCGAUCAUUUGAAUUUUUAAUACGAAAGAAAAAAGGAAUUGAAAGGAUCGAAAAAAAUGCAGUGACACGGAGUCUAUCUUUUGAUACUACCUGUACGACAACCAGAAAGAAAUAUCUUAAACGAAUCUCAGAUCUGGAUAUUACACCGAUAAUCGUACAAGAAAUGGAUGACAGAACUCUGGUUAACUUAAAUGGUGAACGCAUAGAUUUUAAUUUGAGGAAAUCAUCGGAAGAAAACAGCAGUAGCUCCAAGUUAGUUAACAAGAAAGUAUUCUGUUGUGAAGCUACAUCUGCUGAGGUUGAGAAUUAUGUUGAUGCGGAUAAAUCACAAGAAAUCAGGACUUUACGUAAUAUUAAUAAAAUUUUAGCAAGAAAAUUGGCUAAAACAGAACGAAUAGCACAGUUGCUUCAAAUACAGCUUAAAUUUUAUGACAAAACAAAUGACGCUAAAUUUGCGUGCAGGUUGGCUGAUGUCAUCGAUCAGCUGAAAUUAGUACCACCCGACGAUCGAUUUCGUGAUGAAGCUUUAGAGGUUUUGAAUUCUGCGAGUCCAUCCAUUGGCGCUAACGAUGAAAAGUCUGUAUUUUUGAAUAAUUUAUUGAAAGAAAUUGAGUACGACAAAUCAGCGCUUUUAAAUUCCGGAACUUUGCGAAAAUGCUAUGAACGAUUAGUUGAAUAUGCUCGUAGACAUCCACCCGUUCUUAUGGAACUACAGAAUCAGAUAAAUGAAAUCACAUCACUGGAAGCAAAUUUGAUGCUAUAUCGUGAACAAUUGGCAAUGAAAGAUGCGCGACUUCGGCAACUUGAAGAAGAAAUUGGUAACGCUCAUCGAUGUAAUCAACAGCUAAAUGCAAAACUUGGUUCGAUGGUUACUACGAAUAAUGUCAAUUUUCUAAAUCAAGAAAAAGAACUCAAAAACAAGCAUAAUGCUUGA